UCCCAAUUGGCCCUGAACCACAGCUGUGAUUGGCCUGAGCUAGACAAUGCCACUGUGAUGUCGGGCCACAUGUGCUGUGAAAUGGAGGCUCCUGAGCCCUUGGCCUCAGUGGAGCUGCCGUCCAGACACAGAUCAUGAGUGGUGGGUACGAUCUCAACCUCUUUGCCAGCCCUCCUGACUGCAACUUCGUGUGUUCGGUCUGCCAUGGGGUUCUCAAGAGGCCAAUGAGGUUGCCAUGCAGUCACAUCUUCUGCAAAAAGUGCAUCCUCCAGUGGCUAGCCAGACAAAACACCUGUCCAUGCUGUAGAAAAGAGGUGAAAAGGAGAAAGAUGGUCCAAGUGAAUAAACUCCGGAAAACCAUUGGACGCCUGCAAGUCAAGUGCAAGAACGCUGCAGCUGGCUGCUUGGUGACAUGCCCUCUGGCUCAUCGCAAGGGACACCAAAACUCAUGCCCCUUCGAGUUGAUGGACUGCCCCAAUGAGGGCUGCACUGCUCGGGUUCUGCGUGGGGUCCUGGAUGAGCAUCGACAGCAUUGCCGGCAGGGUGGCCAGCAGCGCUGCCCCUUAGGCUGUGGAGCUUCUCUGGCUGCCUCGGAGAGUGAUCAACACAACUGCUACCGUGAGCUUCGUGAUGCUUGGAUCCAGCGCCACCAGCGCAACCAGCACCUGCUGCUGAGCCUGCUGCGACGCGUGCGCCGAGUGCAUCGCACCACCAACUUCAUCCGCCGGCAGCUGGCACAGUUGGGCAACUUCAUGGAAGAUGACUCCCUGCUUCUGAGUGCCAGGGUACAGGAGAAUGAGGUUGCCCCGGAGGCUGAGAUGUGGGAUGGGCAGGGCCAAGGUGUCUUAUAAAGGAGAUAAAUAAACGCUGAGCCCAGGCCUGACCCACCUAA